GGGACAGCCAGGGACAGGCAGACAUGCAGCCAGAGCCCCGAGGUCUGGACAGGGGCUGCCGGGUUCCGUGACUGGAGGACCCCGAGCCCCUGGCCCGGGGAGGGGCCAUGGUGCUGCCUGCCCAACAUGUCAGCCGAGGUGCGGCUGAGCCGGCUCCAGCAGCUGGUGCUGGACCCUGGCUUCCUGGGGCUGGAGCCCCUGCUCGACCUUCUCCUGGGCGUCCACCAGGAGCUGGGGGCCUCCGACCUGGCCCAGGACAAGUAUGUGGCCAACUUCUUGCAGUGGGUGGAGCCCAUCGCGGCGAGGCUUAAGGAGGCCCGACUGCAGAGGGAUGACUUCGAGAUUCUGAAGGUGAUCGGACGCGGGGCGUUCAGCGAGGUGGCGGUAGUGAAGAUGAAGCAGACGGGCCAGGUGUAUGCCAUGAAGAUCAUGAAUAAAUGGGACAUGCUGAAGAGGGGCGAGGUGUCGUGCUUCCGCGAAGAGAGGGAUGUGUUGGUGAACGGGGACCGGCGCUGGAUCACAGAGCUGCACUUCGCCUUCCAGGAUGAGAACUACUUGUACCUGGUCAUGGAGUACUACGUGGGCGGGGACCUGCUAACGCUGCUGAGCAAGUUUGGGGAGCGGAUCCCGGCAGAAAUGGCGCGCUUCUACCUGGCAGAGAUUGUCAUGGCCAUAGACUCGGUACACCGGCUGGGCUACGUACACAGAGACAUCAAACCCGACAACAUCCUACUGGACCGCUGCGGUCACAUCCGUUUGGCCGACUUCGGCUCCUGCCUCAAGUUGCAGGCGGACGGAACGGUGCGGUCUCUGGUGGCUGUGGGCACGCCGGACUACUUGUCCCCCGAGAUCCUGCAGGCGGUGGGCGGCGGGCCCGGGAUGGGCAGCUACGGGCCCGAGUGUGACUGGUGGGCUCUGGGAGUGUUCGCCUAUGAGAUGUUCUACGGGCAGACGCCCUUCUACGCCGACUCCACGGCUGAGACCUACGGCAAGAUCGUGCACUACAAGGAGCACCUGUCUCUACCACUGGCCGAUGGGGGGGUCCCUGAGGAGGCUCGAGACCUCAUCCAGCAGCUGCUGUGUCCCCCUGAGAUGCGGCUGGGCCGGGACGGAGCAGGUGAUUUCCAGAAUCAUCCUUUUUUCUUUGGCCUUGACUGGGACGGUCUCCGAGACAGCGUGCCCCCUUUUACGCCGGAUUUUGAGGGUGCCACUGACACGUGCAACUUCGAUGUGGUGGAAGACGGGCUCACUGCCAUGGUGAGCGGGGGCGGGGAGACGCUGUCGGACAUGCGGGAAGGCAUGCCACUGGGGGUCCACCUGCCCUUUGUGGGCUACUCCUACUCCUGCAUGGCCCUCAGGGAUGAGGAGGUCCCAGGCCCCACAGCCAUGGAACUGGAGGCCGAGCCAUUGCCUGAGCCACCUGUGCAAGCAGCCAGCCCGGAGCCCACCGUGCCCCCACCAGAGGAAACAGUGUCUUUGGAGAAGAAGGCUGAAGCAGCGAUUCCGGAAGCCAUUCCAGCCUCGGCGGAGGCCCAGGAGGCCCGGAUGACGCUGCGGGAGCUCCAGGAGGCUCUGGAGGAGGAGGUGCUUACUCGGCAGAGCCUGAGCCGGGAGCUGGAGGCCAUCCGCACAGCUAACCAGAACUUUGCCAGUCAGCUCCGUGAGGCCGAGGCCCGGAACCGAGACCUGGAGGCGCACGUCCGGCAGCUGCAGGAGCAGAUGGAGCUGCUGCAGGCGCGGGGAGAUGCAGCUGUCACGGGGGUCCCCAGUCCCCGGGCCACGGAUCUACCUUCCCAUCUAGAUGGCCCCCCGGCCGUGGCUCUGGGCCAAUGCCCGCUGGUGGGGCCAGGCCCCAUGCACCGCCGCCACCUGCUGCUCCCUGCCAGGGUCCCUAAGCCUGACCUAUCGGAGGCGCGUUCCCUGCUCCUGUUCGCCGUUGCUCUGGCUGAUGCCGCCGCCUUGGGCCGCACUGGGUUGGUGGCCUACGCCGAACAUCUCGCCCCGGUCUGGCGCCACCCAGGAGCCGCCUUCGCCUCCUGAACCCUAGAACCCAAGCCGGAGGGUUGGGUGACCUGGGCCAUCGCCCAGAAGCCGCUCCCACCGUCUCGGCGUUCACAACGCUCCAAGCGUGGGUCUCCACCACAACUCCAGCCCUGUGAUCCGGGCCCGCCCCCUGGCGGCCGGGGAGGGAGGAGCCGGGCCCGCGGUUGGAGCACGGCGCUCCGGGAAGGCUUGCAACCGGGAAUGCUGCAGCUGCUGCCGGAGGGAAUCGCAGACCACUUCCUUCCUGCGGCCUGGCUGAGGCCCCGACAUGGACGGGCAAACUGCCAUCUAGAGAAGGCAGCAGGGCCAGGGCUCGGCCAUCAGUUUAUCACCCUCCCCACCUCCCCACUGCCCCUACCCCGCCCCAUCGGCUCGCAGACCACAAAUCCUUCUGCAUGAGGCCCCGCUAUACCGGGAACGUCCUCUUCCCGCGGCGAACGUCUAGUGCGAGCUCCGCCCGCCCGCUCUCUCGGGAACCUUCUGCUUUUGCCAGCCCCGCUUUUUCGGGGACUCCCGCGCCCUCCUCACGUGAGCUGCUCUCGGAGCCACUGCAGGCUCCGCCCGCCUCGGCAGUUUGGGUAUUUAUUGACCUGUCCUCCGACCCGCUGACAGGUUCCAGGACCCCAGCGCCCUAAUCCACGUUUUGGAUGCACUGAGACCCCGACAUUCCUCAGUAUUUAUUGUCUCUCCCCACCUAGGACCCCACCCCCGAUCCUCGCGAAUAAAAGGCCCUCCCGUCUGCCCGAA